AUGUCAGGCCUACAGCAUCGGGUGUGCUUGGUUCUAUGCCGUUUAGUUUCUAUGCCCGUUGGAGAGGCCUUGUUUAUGACCGAUGGUUUGGCCGGAUUUUGUGUGCAUGCUUGGCUGUCAUGUGCACACAAAGUCGACAACAAUAGUCGACGUUACGAAUAUUGCAAAACGCCAGAAUCUCGUGUCUCUUCGGCUUCCGACAUUCUACUCUCCCACCAAAGACAAGCAAACAAUCAGACCACCCGACCCAUUCAUUUUAUUCCCGCAUGUCCUAAGCACAUUCGACCCCCAGGAGGGAUUCGGUCGAGAGGGAUCGAGACAACUGCCGGUAGGGCAGUCUCUAACCCAGGCCUUUCAGGUUGA